UCAAAAUAAUCACGAUUCAGCCUCAAACUCACCUUUUUGCAGUCUCUCUCGCACUUCAUCCCCACCAACGUUAAUGGAGGACGACAACGCAGACCAAGAGAAGCUGUUAACGCAACAAAUCGCUGUCAUUCUCGACGAAGUUCGAACCUCAUACGCCACACACAACCGAAAGCUCAAGGAACUCUCCCUCCUUCGAUCCAAAUCCCCUUCUCCGUCACACUUCUUCACUGCAUUCUCCAAAGCCCUAAUUCCUCUCUUCAACUUCCACAAGCGCCUCGCCUCCGCUGACCGCAUCGUUUCCUUCGUAUCUUCCUUCACCUCCGUCCGUCACCCUACCGAUGCCGCCGUUUGUGACGAGUUUCUCGACCAUUUCCUUCAUUUCCUCCUUGUCGCCGCGGCUGCAUCCGAUAAGACCGUUAGAUUUAGAGCCUGCCAGAUCGUCUCCGAGAUAAUAUUGCGGUUACCAGAUGAUGCAGAAGUGAGCAAUGAUUUAUGGGAUGAGGUGAUAGAAUGUAUGAUGGUUAGGGUACGGGACAAGAUCGCUGUGGUGCGUACUUUUGCGGUUCGGGCGCUUUCUCGCUUUGGGAAUGAUUCUGCUAACAGUGAUAUCCUUGAUUUAUUCCUUGAGAUGCUUCCAUUGGAACAGAAUGUGGACGUUCGUAAGAUGAUUGUGUUGUCUUUGCCUCCUUCCAGUGCAACUUCUCAAGUUAUCAUUGAUUGUACUUUGGAUGUGAGUGAAUCUGUUCGCAAAGCAGCAUACUGUGUUCUAGCAAAUAAGUUUCCUCUUCAAAGCUUAAGCAUUAAGCUCAGGACAGUAAUUCUUCAGAGAGGACUUGCUGAUCGAUCUGUCGCGGUCUCAAAGGAAUGUUUCAAACUAUUGAAAGAUGAAUGGCUUAUGAAGUGCUGUAAUGGUGAUCCUUUAGAGCUUUUGAAGUAUCUCGAUGUUGAAACCUAUGAAACAGUGAGCGAGUCUGUUAUGGAGGCACUUCUAAAAGCUGGUUUAGUGAAACUAAAUAAUGGUGCAAGUAUCCAGCAGCAUAUAACAUCAAACAGGGAGACAAAAGAAGGGGACUCGGUUCAUUGUCCACCAAGCAUUGUGUUGAUGGAGGCAGAGUCUGCUCUUUAUUGGAGAACUGUUUGCGAACAUUUGAAGUCAGAAGCACAAGCCAUAGGCUCGGAUGCUGCAGCCACAACGGGCACCGAAGCAGAAGUAUAUGCGGCAGAAGCCUCAAAUAAAAAUGACCUUCUAGAAAAAAUUCUUCCUGCUACAGUAGAUGAAUACAUAGAUUUGGUUAGAGCUCAUAUCAAUGCUGGAUCAAACCAUCGCUUUGCUUGCCGGCAGCUGCUUUUGCUUGGUGCUAUGUUUGAUUUUUCUGACACUUCAAAUAGAAAGGUGGCUGGUGCAUUUCUGCAGGAGCUGAUGAGCAAGCCUCCCGAACAUGAGGUUGAUAAUGAAGGGAUUGUUGUUGUCAUUGGAGAUGGCUUAAGUUUUGGUGGUGACACUGAUUGGGCUGAAGCCAUAGCCAGAUUGGCAAGGAAAGUCCAUGCUUCUCCUGGGGAAUUUGAAGAAGUUGUUCUUGCAAUCAUAGAAAGGCUAGCUCGACCUUGUAGGNNNAGAACAGCAGAUUAUGUGCAGUGGAUACACACCCUUUCUCUUACUGGCCUUCUAUUGAAAAAUGCAGUGUCAAUGCGCUUUCUUCAGGGCAAAGCGAUAGAACCAGAAGAACUACUCCAAUCUUUACUACUUCCUGGGGCGAAACAAUCUCACUUGGACGUGCAAAGAAUUGCUGUCAGAUGCCUUGGUCUCUUUGGCCUUUUGGAGAGGAGACCAAAUGCUGAACUUUUGAAACAGCUGAGGAUUUCAUACAUUAAGGGGCCACAUUUAAUUAGUAUAGAGGCAUGUAAAGCAUUAAUUGAUCUUUUGAUGUGGCAUGGUCCUCAAGAAGUUGACAGGGUUUUAAAUCCCGAUAUUCCUAUCCAAGUAAACGGUGACAAGAAGUGUUUUUGUCCCGUGAACUUCACUGAUUCCGAAGGGGAUUCAAAUUCAAACGUUGGCAUGCUUGAUCAUUUAUACGGUGGCUUUGAAAAUGAUGACUGGGCUGAUCCUCCUUUAACUAGCAAUGAAGACGAAUGCAUUUUUGCCAUACUUGGGGAGGGGUUUGCGAAAAUUCUUCUUCUAAGUGACAACUAUCCAAGCAUACCGGCUUCUUUGCACCCUGUGCUUUUAUCUAAGCUCAUUUACUUGUACUUCAGCGACGUCUCCGAAAAUCUGUACAGGUUGAAGCAAUGCUUAUCUGUUUUCUUUGAGAACUACCCGUGUCUCUCAACAAAUCACAAGAGAUGUGUUUCAAAGGCUUUCAUUCCAGUUAUGCGUUCAAUGUGGCCAGGAAUUUUUGGCAAUUCUGGGGGUUCUACUUUUAUGGUGUCUCAGAUGCGGAAGCGUGCUGUUCAAGCUUCCCGUUUUAUGUUGCAGAUGGUGCAGAUUCCAUUAUUCGUUAAAGAGACGGAAGCAGAGUGUGAAAACUCCAGUACAGAACACCCACAAGUUAUUGAUGGCUGUGCUGAAGUUCCAUUUGAGUGUGGCGAGGAGGGUCUUGCACUACGCAUAGCCAUAGAGGUCGCAAGCUUUCACUCGAAGAAGACAGCUGCUGAGAAGGCAUAUGUAUCGGCACUAUGUAGAAUGCUUGUCUCGCUUCAUUUUCGGUUAUCAGAACAAGGGCCGAUAAAAAUUAUGAGGAAACUCUUAUGUCGUAUGGUUGAAUGUGUAUCUUCAGAGAAGGAUCUUGUUAAAGAAUUGAGACGCAUGGCUGAGCAUCUAAUGACAGUUGAUAGGCAACCAGAUCAGGCAUUUUUGCAAGAUGAAGUUAAUCUCAUUUUGGGGAAACUGGAACUCGACUUCAACCUGGAUUUGGAUGCUUCUGUUGCAAUGCCACAAACGCCGGCCGUACAGCCAACUAGAGCUGCACGUUCGAGGAGAAGGGUAAGGAUUGAACAAGAUAGUUCCGAUGAAGAAGAUUCACCUGCUUCUGUUGUACCUACCACUCUUCGUACAGUACAACGUCGCUCACAGAGAGCAAGCAAAACUGCAGCCAUGAACAAGAUGUCUGCCAGGAGAUCACCCGAAAUUGAUGAAAUUGAAGAGCAGGAGGAAGAAGAGUCGAAUUUGACAUCUGACAAUUCUGAAGAAUCCGACUAGUACAGUUAAAUAUAUAGUUGACGUGAUAUAUGUAAUGGCCAUUGCUUUGUAAUUUUCUUGACAUAUCUAUGUUGUUGUAUUGUUUUGAUUUAGAUUGCAGGUUUUGUAUAGUAGUGCGUCAAUAGUUUAACUUGCAUUUGCUUGUGUAAGUCAUAGGCGAUUAUUGAUGAUAUUGCAUUUAGUUGGAGUGAAUGAAAUUCACGUGUUCUGUAAUCAACAACCAUACAUGACAAUUUGUAAUUGCAGCUUAAUCUUCUUAUUGACAGUUUACUGCUACAGAUAAA